CAUAAUGUUAAUCAAAAUCAUAAUAUUGAUCAAAAUCAACAACACCAUCAUCACCACCAUCAUCACAAUAAUCCAAACUCUGCAACAUCCAUGGUAUCCCCAAGUGAUCAUCAUCCUCCAUCAUUAUCUCCAUGUUCUUCCACUUCUUCAUUAAGUUCUGCUGUUGAAAUGUUAAGUCCUGAGAAUACUAAUAAUCAACCAUUCGUUCCUCAAGAUUGUAACUAUUGGUCAAUUAAUCCAAAAUCGAAAACUAUUCCCACUAAUCAUUACAAAACUGAAUCACAUUCUUAUCCUGAUAAUAUGGUUGGUUCCCUAUAUGAUAAUGUACCAUGGUCUCCUGCCGUUUCAUUUUUAUCUAAUUUGGCAAAUUCAACUGUAAGAAAAGUUUUACCUGAUGAAGAAGGUCAACAAAUUGGUGAAUAUAUCAUUGGAAAAAUCGUCGGAACCGGUGGUUUUUCUGUUGUUAAACAAGCUCAUACUAUGGAUAGUUAUUCAGGUUCUAUGGAAACCGUUGCUGUCAAAAUCGUGAAAAAUCAUCCUGGAUCUGAUGAUAACGAUAGAGUUCAGGCAUUGCUUGAAAGGGAAAUUGCAAUUUGGCGUAGACUUGAUCAUCCAAACAUUGUACAUUUUUUAUCCGUUGAAGAAAAUGACUACGCUACAUUUGUAUUUUCAGAAUAUUGUCCAGAGGGUACCCUUUUAGAUUUUAUAAAGAAACAUCGUAAACGUGAAGGAAAAGGAUUGGAUGAAGAUGUAGCAAGAAAUAUUUUCUUGGAAGCAGCAGAAGCAGUACGAUACUUACAUAAUGAUAUGAGACUUGUACAUAAAGAUAUCAAAUUAGAUAAUAUACUAUUGGAUAAAGAUGAUACUUGGAAAAUUUGUGAUUUUGGUUUAACAGAAUUUCAAAAUUCUUCUAAUGGUUAUAAUAACUUUUUAUAUAAUAAUGUUGGAGGAUCAUUAGCUUAUUGUGCACCUGAACAGUUAAGAUCUCCUAUACCACUAAAAGAUCCUUCUGUUGAUGUAUGGAGUUUAGCUGUUGUGUUAUUUGCUAUGGUAACGGGUCAAUUACCGUUUAAUGAUGAUUUUGAACCAAGGUUACAAUUUAAAAUUAUUAAUGGACGUUAUGAUGAAUCUUUAUUGGAUGAUGCUGGUGUUAGUGAUGAAUUAAAAGAUUUAUUUAAAGGGAUGUUCAAAACAAAACCUGAUCAGCGUUUAACAAUCUCUCAAGUAUUAGAACAUCAAUGGUGUGAACGAUGAAAUAAGUGAUGGGAAGGAAUACAUGUAAAUGUGUAUUACUUGUAAAAUGUUUAUUACUUGUAUUACUUGUAUCACUUGUAUAAAAAAAAGGGAUAUAAUUUAUGUGAGGAAAAGUAAAAAUUUUUUUUUUAAAAAAAAAAAAAA